AGGGGGGGUCCUGGAGGGGAUUCCCCCCCUGCAGAUGGGCAAAGGGGGCUUUGGGGGGGUCAGGAGCUGCAGGGAGGAGCCUGGCCGGAGCCCCCCAGGAGGAAGCGGAGCCCCUUCAGCCCCGCCUGCCUGGGGGGCCCCCAACUCCCCCCCCCCGCCUUGCCGAGGGAAGGACCCUGGAUGGGGGAGGGGAGGAAGGGGAGGGUCGCAGCCCCACAAAGGCCUCGGACCUCCGCCUGCCUGAAUCCGGGGCGGGGAGGAGGGAGAACAGCGGACCCCCAAAUUCAAGGGGAGCCCCCCGCCUCAGCUCCGCCCGGGACCAGAACAACCCUCGGAACCGCGCAGGCGCCCUUUGGCUCGUUGGGGGAAGGCGGACGCCGAUUGGUCGCUCUGGGGAGGGCGGGGAUUGGCAGGAGGACUCCUUGGGGCGGUUCCUCCACAGGAAAGCCUCUAGAGAAGAAAGGGCAUGAAGCCUCCACUUCCGGAAACGAAACUGGCAACGAGGGAAGCUCCUGAAUCGGCGAAAGAAAAGUCCGGAUGAUGCAGGAGGACGGAGGAGCCCGGCGGGGGAAGGAAGGAAGCGCCGCCCGAGAGGAGGAGGAGGAGAGCGGGCCCCGCGGAGCAUCCCUGCCCGAUCCCAGCGCGGCUUCCCCGGGAGACGGCGGGGAAAGGCCGGGGGGCUCCGGGGCUGCCGAAGGGAUGAGCCUAGAGGGAGCCCGGGAAAGGCGGCUGCCUGGAGGGCGAUGCGGGGAGGAGGAAAUGACCCCGAGACGGUCCUGGAGGGCGGAGGCUCCUUCGGAAGACCAGGGAGGCCCCCAAGGAUCCAGGAGGGAGAAAUAUCAGUGCCCGGAAUGUGAGGAAACCUUCAAAAGAAAUGUAGAUCUUCAGAAUCAUCAAAGGAUCCACACAGGAGAAAAACCUUAUAGAUGCCUUGAAUGUGGAAAGAGCUUCAGUUAUAGCAGCCACCUUCAUAGACAUGAAAGGAUCCACUUUGGAGAGAAACUGAAAAAAUGCCUGGAGGACGGACAGGCCUUUGGAAGACACGGGAAUCCCCAAAGGAUUCAGGUCGGAGGAGAGAAAUAUCGGUGCCCGGAAUGUGAAAAAUCCUUCAAUAGAAAUGACCAUCUUGAAAGCCAUCUAAAGAUCCACUCAGGAGAAAAACCUUAUAAAUGCCUAGAAUGUGGAAAGAGCUUCAGUUAUAGGAGCAGCUAUAAUAGACAUCUAAGGAUCCACUCAGAAGAAAAACCUUAUAAAUGCUUUGAAUGUGGAAAGAGGUUCACGUGGACCAGCAGCCUUUAUGUACAUCAAAGGAUCCACAGGGGAGAAAAACCUUAUAAAUGCCUUGAAUGUGGAAAGAGCUUCAGUCAGAAAAACAGCCUUUAUAGACAUCAAAGGAGCCAUUCAGGAGAGAAACCGUAUAAAUGCUUUGAGUGUGGAAAGAACUUCAGUCGGAGCAGCACCCUUUAUCUACAUCAAAGGAUCCACACGGGAGAGAAACCUUAUAAGUGCCUGGAGUGUGGAAAGAGCUUCCGUUAUAGCAGCCACCUUUAUAAACAUCAAAGGAUCCACUUUGGACAGAAACUGAAUAAAUGCCUGGAGGACGGACGAGCCUUCCAAAGAAGGAUUCAGGAGGGAGGAAAGGAAUUUCAGUGCCCAGAAUGUGGAAAAACCUUCCAAAAAAAUUCCCUUCUUAAAGUCCAUCUAAUAAGUCACACAGGAGAAAAACCUCAUAAAUGCCUAGAAUGUGGAAAGAGCUUCGGUCAUAGGAGCAGCUAUAAUAGCCAUCAAAGGAUCCACACGGGAGAAAAACCUCACAAAUGCCUGGAGUGUGGAAAGAGAUUCAGACAGAGCAGCAACCUUUAUAAACAUCAAAGGAUCCACUUCGUUGAAAAGAAAUACAAGUGCACGGAAUGCGAAAAAUCCUUCAAAGGCUAUGGAGAGCUUCAAAGGCAUCUAAGCAUCCACUCCGUUGGAAACCCACAUAAAUGCCUUGAGUGUGGAAAGAACUUCAGUCAGAGAGAAUAUCUUAAGCAACAUCAAAGAAUCCAUUCAGGAGAAAAACCUUAUAAGUGUCUGGAGUGUGGAAAGAGCUUCGCUUAUAGGAGCAACUUUUAUACACAUCAAAGACUCCAUUUAGAAAAACCGUACCAGUGCGGGGAAUGUGGAAAAUCUUUCAAAACAACUGAAAUUCUUGAAAAACAUCUAAAAAUCCACAAGCCAAAUACCGUAUUUUUGGGAGUAUAAGACGCACUGUCAGAUAUCCUCCGAUGAAUACUUAAGAAAGAAUGACCCUGACUCCAUUUGUUAUAGAGAUCAGUAACUUUUACUAAGCACAUCAGAUUGCAAUAGAAGCUAAGCUUAAACUGGAAAUAGAUAUGGCUUAAAGAUACCUUUCCCCUUACUCAGCCCUCCUCCCUCCAAAAGUCAAACAGUUCUAGUCCAUUGUCCUUCUCCUCUUUGGCCAUGUGGUACUUUACUUCCAAUGUUAUUCCUCCGUCAAUCCUCUGGUUGAAAUGUCAGGCAUGCAGUGCUCGUGAAACCUGUCUGUUUGAAUCCUUCAUCCCUCCUUUCAAAUGUCAGCCGCGGCGUUAAAGGGGCCAUCACCUCAUCAGUCACACAUAGCAACAAGUAAUAACAAAACAUUUAACAAAGAGAUAAAACAGUUAAACACUCUAAUAAGUAAACAAACACUUAAAGUAAUAAGCGAAGGCUGACACGCACCCUUUUCCCCCAAAAAAGAGGGUGAAAAUCUGGGUGCGUCUUAUACUUACCAGCUUCUCAAAUGGAGGUUUCAGAGGCUGAAAGAAGCUUCAGAAAAGAAGCUCCCAAACAGAGCUUCAAAGGCUUUUUUUUCUGAAGUACUGUUUUGGAAGCUUUCAGAGGCAGGGGAAAAAAAGCAAGGCACAGAGCUCACAACCAAGGAACCUGUUGCUAAAAUUCAGCUCUGGGAACAGCUGACGGGGGAUAUUCCGAGAGGCCGAUCCACCUGCCAAUCAGCUUUUUUCUUAUUUUUCUCCCCAAAAACUAACGUACGUCUUAUACUUCAAAAAAUACGGUAUAUGCCUGGAGUGCGGAAAGAGCUUCAGUCAUAGGAAAAGUCUUCAUAAGCAUCAAAGAAUGCACACGAGAAAAAAUCUACAAAUGCCUGGAGUGUGGAAAGAGCUUUAUUCAGGCUGCAAACCUCCUUGGAAACUAAAGAAUUCACACAGGAGAAAAGCCACAUAAAUGUCUGGAAAGAGCUUCAGUCUGAGAGGAAAACUUUUCACUGCAUCAAACAAUCCAUUCCGGAGAAAAAUCACAUAAAAUGCCUUGAACGUGGAAAAAGGUUUACUGAGGGUAGAUGCCUCCAUCAACACCAAAGAAUUCACGUGGGAGAAAAAUGAUAAACAUGAGUGAGAGAAGAUCUUCACUCCCAGAGUGUUUCUCAGGAAUUGAACUGAAUUGCAUAUCUAAUUUGGCCAAGUGUGAAUAGGCGCACAAGGAAUCUCUCUCGGCUGCACAAGCUCUCAGUGUACAUACAAAACAACAGAGUAAUGAUAUUCUGCCAAAUAAGGGACUUUCUGAGGCUGAAUAAUAAAGGACUUUUUCAAUUGUACAUGCUAGUUGUUUCAACUGGCUGAAAUUGUACCUUUUUUACAGGAGACCUUUGUGACUGAUGAUGCCAUUUCCCAUGGGAACGGUCUUUUAACGUGGUUAUGCUUAAUAUGGGAUGUUAGUCCCCAUUUCUCUGAUGUCACUGAGCAGGAUGAUUUCUUCUAGGGGGGAUUUGAUUUAAGUCACGUUGAUUUAAAGCACGAUAUAAACCACUAUUAAAAAGGUUUGAUUUAAAUCAACUCGAUUUAAAUCAUAGUUUUUAAAGAGCAACUGCCGUGUCUGUCCCGCAGCGGCUGAGUGGAUGCUCGUUAACAGGUGCUUCUGCCAUGAUGGAUCUGAAAUGACAGGUGCUCUUUAAUAUGUUUAUAAGCUGCUUAGAACAGGGGUCACCAACCUUUCGGACCUCAGGGACCACUAAAUUCAUAAUUUUAAAUCCCGCAGACCGCUAAUAUGAUCUGCGUAAUGACUGGCUGGGCGGGCGUGGCUAGAUGGUCAUGUGACUGGGUGGGCGUGGCCAAGUUGAUGGCACUCACAUCAAGGGGCACCUUGCUAGCCUCUACUUGCCCCUCCCUUCCCAGCCACUCCUCAUCUCCCACCCAGGCUCCUUAGGGCCCCAACAGGAAGCAGUUGCUGGAGCUAAGCACUCGCCAUGAGAAAGAGUUGGCAAAACAGCUCAGUUCAAAUUGGAUCUCACCAAGAAGGACGCUCAGUAGAAGCACCUCACUGAGGACUAGGAGCAUAGGCUUUCCAAGCAGAGGGAAGACCUGUGGGAGUGCAAGGCCAGGUACCGGCGCCUGGAGGCUCAGCGGGCUGAGAUGGUCAGCCAAUUCCAGGCCAUGGUGCAGUCCCACUGGAACGAGGCCCUCUGGCUCUUCGCCAUCAGCGGCCCUUCCCUCCAGCCUUCGCCCAAAGCCCCACACCAGGAGGCCCAAGCAGACCCCGUCAGAAUUUCCGUCCCCCUCUGACCCACACAAAAAGAUCCCAAAGGGGGCGAGACUCUCUGCACCAAAAAAAUGUUCUUUGCACGUAUCUGUCCCAAGGACCAUAGUUUGAGGAUUUAGUGCAAUAUAAAAAAUGCAAAUAAUUUUUCUGCGGACCACCCACAUUUUCUCGCAGACCACCGGUGGUCCAUGGACCACCAGUUGGUGACCGCUGGCUUAGAAGGUUUCACCUUCAUUUUUACUAUUUGCCCUUCCUCCUCACAUUUGGAGCCUGGUACAGAUGCAUUUCUCUUCAAACAACCAUACAGUUUAUAGUCUACAUAGAUUUUCAGAACAAUAUUCCUGCAAUUUGCUUUAUGAUUUAUCUCAUGGUUACUGUGAAACUGUGUGAAUGUAUCAAUGUAGUGCAUGUUAUCUCAGCUGGCAGAGCUUGGAUUCAUUGAAUGAGUUUACCAGAAAUUUAAAUAUUGCAAAAUAUACAGCUUCAUGCUACAUAACCAAGCUCCAUUUCAUGCUGAAUAAGCUACAUUAUUGAUGUAUCUUAAAUAGAAAAUUAUCUUUAGAUAGAUUUUUACCCCAAAACUAUUUUAUUAAAAUAAAUGUGAUAAAAAAAUAACCAAGAAAUCCAAUUUAAAUUUAAAAAAUGUGAUUUUUAAUUGAUUUUUAUCCACCAUGAUUUCUUCCAUGCAAUCAACUCUUAUUUUGUACUUUUUCUGCUGUAUGGAGUAUAAAAUGAAAUCCGAUUCUGUGUUCAG